AAAAGCUUCCUACUCUUUGAGCUUUUUAACUUUUGCUGUGCAUAACUCAUUCUUGGGUCUGGAAUUUCAUUUCACCACUGAAGAGAACGAUAGAGAGCAGUUUGCUGUUCAUUCUUCAUCUUCCCUCCACUGAAUCAUCCAAUCAAGUAUGGAGACCUUUGGACAAAUAGUUAUCAUGGGGGAACAGUUAAGCUAUUGCUAUGGCCUUGAUGAAAAGAUGCAAAGGCUUAAAAGAAAGUUAGAAAACCUGAGCAGCAGGGAAGCUGAUGUAAAUAAAGAACUAGAAUAUGCUGAGUCACUGUCUUUAAAGAAACGAAGGCAUCAUGUUGAAAAUUGGUUGACAAAUGUUGAAAGAAUAAAAAGAGACGUUCAGAGCAUGGAGCAAGUGCUGGCAGAGAGGAAACUGCUCGGACGUGUUCAGUUGGGGAAACGAGUGGAAGAGUUGAGUGGAGAAGUGACACAACUUGUGGAACAAGGAAGAUUUCCUGAAGGGCUCACAUUCGAAGCACAUGAGACCAAAGGAGAUGCCUUGCUGACAACAAAGCUACUGGGUCAUAUGUUUCAAGCAAAUAUGGAAAAGAUUUGGGCAUGCUUAAUGGAGAAAGAGGUCUUAAUCAUUGGCGUAUAUGGGAUGGGUGGAGUGGGCAAAACAACCAUAGUGACCCAUAUCCAUAACAAACUUUUAGAAGAUCCAAACACUUUUGAUCAUGUUUUUUGGAUCACAGUAUCACAAGAUUUUAGCAUUCAUAAAUUGCAGAACGAUAUUGCCAAAAUGGUGAAUCUAGACCUUUCAAAUGUGGAUGAUGAAAAGAAGAGGGCCGCAAAAUUGGCACAGGCUUUGCUGAGAAGAAAACAAUCUGUACUCAUUUUAGAUGAUGUAUGGAAUCAUUUUCUCUUAGAGAAGGUGGGAAUUCCUCUCAGAGUAAAUGGGUGUAAAUUAAUUCUGACCACAAGAUCAUUGGAUCUGUGUCGAAGGAUGAGUUGCCAAUUGAAAAUCAAAGUGGAGCCCCUUUCAGAGGAAGAGGCUUGGAACUUAUUUUUGGAGAAACUCGGGCAUGAAAUUGCAUUAACUGCUGAACUAAAAGAUAUCACAAGAUCUGUUGCAAAAGAAUGUGCAUGUUUGCCACUUGCAAUAGUUGUAAUGGCUGGAAGCAUGAGGGGAGUAGAUGACAUCUGUGAGUGGAGGAAUGCAUUGGAAGUUUUGAAAGAAUCAAAAGUGGGACAAGAUGACAUGGAAACCGAGGUUUUUCGAGUACUAAGAUUUAGCUAUUGGAGUUUGAAUGAUUCAAAAGUGCAACAGUGUUUCCUAUACUGCUCACUAUAUCCUGAAGACUAUAAAAUCAAAAGAGAGGAGUUGAUAGAGCGGUUUAUUGAUGAAGGACUGGUUGAUAGAAUGAAGAGUAGGCAGGCACAGAUUGACAGGGGUCACACUAUAUUGAAUAAACUUGAAAAUUCUUGCUUACUUGAAGGUAUUAUAGACUAUUUCCCACAUGAGAAGAAGUUCUUAAAGAUGCAUGAUUUGAUUAGGGACAUGGCAGUCCAAAUUGUGAAUGUGAGUCCUCGAUUCAUGGUGGAAGCUGGUAUACGAUUGAAGGAUUUACCAGAUGAAGAAAAUUGGACAGAGGAUCUUGAGAAAGUUUCUUUGAUGCAUAACAAAAUAUCAGAAAUUCCUUCUAGUGCAUCUCCAAGGAGUCCUAGACUUUCAACCCUGAUGCUCCAAUAUAAUGGUUUAAGAAAGAUACCAGAUUCUUUUUUUGAGCAUAUGCGUGGGCUCGAGGUUCUUGAUCUGUCCUACAAUGCCAUGGAACAUUUGCCGAAUUCAAUCUCCAACUUGGAGAACCUUAGGGCAUUAUUGCUUAGAGAAUGUGAUAAAUUAAAUCAUGUCCCUUCGUUAGCAAAGCUUACUGCUUUGAGGAGGUUGGAUCUUGGGCAUACAGGAAUUACUGAAGUUCCUAAAGGUAUGGAAAUGUUGGUCAACCUGAGAUACCUGGAUCUCUAUGCACACAAUCUAAAGAUGAUUCCUGUUGGUACUCUAGCCAAACUCUCUCAUCUGCAGCAUCUUGAAGUUUACCGGUCAUCUGCCACAUCAAAGGUGGUCGGAGAGGAGGUAGCAAGCUUGACAAAGUUGGAAACUUUUCAUGGGCAAUUCUGCGAAGUCCACAACUUCAAUGCAUAUAGCAAAUCUUUGCAAGAAGGAGGACCAAGGAAUUACCUACUUCAAGUGGGAUCAGACGAUCCAGAUGUUACACCAAAUGAAAGUGAUAUGUUUGAAAAACGUGUAAUCUUGAAAAGGUGCAAUAUAAGUAGAGGUGGAGAAGAAUCCCUUGUGCUCCCACAAGAUAUUGAGUAUCUAUAUAUGCAAGAGUGCAGUGAUGUGAGAAGUUUGUGUGAUAUUACAUCAUUGACAAAUGCAACUAACUUGAAGGCCUCUGUGAUUAAGAAGUGUAAAGGAGAAGAGCAAGUGCUUUCUUCUUCUUCUUCUUUGUCGUCCUCAUGCUUUCUACCUCUUCAAAGCCUCGAGUCAUUGCGCCUUGCAUUUUUGCAGAACUUAAGAGACAUCAUUACGUUUGAUGGAUCAAAAUCACCCCCACCAGGAACCUUAUCCUGUCUCAAAGAAAUUAGAAUAUAUAAUUGUCCGAAUAUAAAGAAGCUAUUCACAAUGGGGUUGCUGAUGUGCCUCCACAGCCUGGAAGAGCUCCAUGUAGAAGAUUGUCGGCAUCUGGUGGAAAUUGUGGCUGCAUCGUCAUCGGAUGAAGAUGAAGUGGAAAAAUAUAAGGAAGAAGGAAUUGGUACCAUCAUAUUCACUCUCCCCAAAUUAAGGUUUCUGCAAUUAUGGGACCUACCGGAGCUGAAGAGCAUCUGUACUAGUAAUUCAGUACUAGUUUGUGAUUCUCUCCAAGACAUAAUACUACGUUAUUGCCGGAAGCUAAAGAGGGUCCCUCUCUCUCUUCCCUGGAUUGAUGGUCAACCAUCUCCUCCUCCCUCCCUUCAAAUAAUAAAAGCAUUUCCCAAAGAAUGGUGGGAAUCACUGGAAUGGGACCAUCCCCAUGCUAAGAAUGUCCUUCAACCCUUUUGUCAUUUUACACGAUAUGUGUAACUGUAACAACACCAUGUUGAGAACUUCUUUCUUCCAUAAUAUAUAUAUAUAUUUUAAUGUUUAUUUUUCCGAACUUCCUUCUUUUCU